GAGCGAAGGGGAGGGGGAUGCGCUCUCUCCUCUGCAUGACCUUUGAACUGCAGUUCAGUCGUUGCCUUCUAAUUGACUGACUGACAGACAGCCAAACUUGACAGCCGGAACGUGAUGAGAGCUGACAAGGAGAGGAGGAGGGCGAUCAGUCGCGAGGCAGCCAGGCGGAGGCGGCGAGUGGAGUCGGACGUGUUUGGCGAUUUGUGCCGCCUGCUGCCGUUACGAGCGUCCAUCAGAGAUCAUCUGGAUAAACCGUCCGUCAUCCGUCUGGCGGUUUGCUACAUUCGACUCAAAACGUUGCUACAAGACGACUUGUACGUGUCACCGUUUUUGGAUUUGAAGGGCACGACGGAGGCUGCGGAGGAAACUGGCAUCUACCUGACCAUCCUGGAGGGAUUUGUGAUGGUGCUGUCCCUCGAGGGGGACAUGAUGUUCCUGUCCGACAACGUCAGUUGCUACCUGGGACUCACACAGACUGAACUGAUGGGCCACAACAUUUUUGAGUUUACUCACCCGUAUGACCACAAAGAAAUCAAAAGUAAUCUCCGCCUAUCUGCAGAGGAGUUUUGGAGCGACGCAAAGCGUGACUUUGUGGUGAGGAUUAAAAGCACCCUAAGCCUCCAAGGACGGAGCACCAACAUCAAGUCGGCCACGUGGAAGGUGCUGCAGUGCCAGGGCCGAGCGAGGGCUUGCGCCGGCCCCUUCCCGGCCUCCUGCCUUCUGCUCACCUGUCGUCCUCUGCCCGUGUCUCACACGCUCCUCUGCGCUCGCACCUUCAGCAGCCAGCACAGCAUGGACAUGAAGUUCACGCAGUGCGACCACAGCGUGUUGUCAAUUUUAGGGUACCCUUCUCACGAGCUGGUGGGCCGCUCCAUAUAUGAGCUUUGUCACACGCUGGACACAAUCCGUUUGACCAAAUAUCACGUCGACUUGUACUCAAAGAGCCAGUCAGUCAGCGGCCGGUACAGGAUUCUAGUGAAGGGCGGCGGGUAUGUGUGGGUGGAGAGCCACAGCGCCGUGGUACCGAGGGUCCGGGCGUCUAGAACCGGAGCCCCGCAGCAUCUUAUGGUCCUCUGCGUCACCUACGUGCUAAGCGACGUGGAGGAGCCGUUCCUGCAGCUCUCUGUGGACCAAUGAUCACGGCAGCCGAAGAACUGAUCCAGCCUUUCUCGCUUUGCAAUCAUUACAAUUUUCAUGCAUGCAUUUCAAAGCUGACAUUUCUGUCUGACACUUGAGACUGAUUGUUGCUGCUUUCGAUUGUGAUCGUCGAUUAUCUGGCCGCAGCGAGCGAGAGUGACGAAAGCGACCCGUUUGACUCCUUCUUGACCUCUCCCUUGACUUCCUUUGGGGUUUCCUUCUGGGUCACUUGACACGUGGAGUGACAGCAAAGGCGUCUGACAUUGGCUAUGCGCACACACACGCGUGUAUAAUGUGCAACGUGUGUCGAUGGGGAGAUGUGAGCAGACGCGAGGCGAAACCGCAACUUCCUGAAUGAAGACGCGCGGUAGGAGAGUUCUCGUGGGAACUUUUUCAACUUUUUACCUCUGGGCCCUCUCACGUGAAGACAUACACAUACACAGUUUCAGUUCAACUGACUUUAGAGAAGACAUUCUCAGAAUAAAGUGCAGAUGAAUUGUAGUCAUUUUAUAAUUAAAAUCGCAAUCUAUUUUCUUGGACUAACUAACACUUAACCUUAUGCAAGUUGUUUUUAUUUUAUUUGGGAGUAGAGUAUCUGUAGAAAAGCCAUGCAAGCAGCCUGGACUCGAACCCAAAAUAUUUGACCUGCGAGACAAACAUGCUAACCACCCUUAUUCAAAAGUAUUCAAAUAAAAAUUACUUUUACAUUUUG